AACCUGCUGAUUCACCAAAAUCAAGGACCAAGAAGGAAGCUCUCUCUCUCUCUCUCUUUCUUAAAUACGAUCUGCCUUUGCAUUUCUUGACUUAAGACAGCUGUUCUUUCCUCUCCCACACACUGAAACACAAAAAAGACAACUUUUUUAAAAGUAGAUUUGUGUUUCUGCACUUUGAAUCAUCAAAUCUUCAACUUGAUUCACAAAUGGGAAUGAUUACUCAAGCUUCAAUCGACCAUCUUCAAGCUCUCAUGGAUCAAGUUGAUGAUUCACUCAAAGGAACUUUCCAGAAUAUUCAUCAAGGAUGCCCGACAGAAACAUAUGGACGUUUCUUAAAAGCUAGGGAAGGAAAUAUCAUCAAGGCCCACAAAAUGUUGGUAGAUUGCUUGAAAUGGAGAAUUGAGAAUGAAAUUGAUGAUAUCUUAGCAAAACCUAUAGUUCCUACCGAGGUUUACAGAUCGGUUCGCGAUUCCCAGCUUAUAGGAUUAUCUGGAUACACAAGAGAGGGCCUUCCGGUUUUCGCAAUGGGUAUAGGCCUCAGCACGCUUGAUAAAGCGUCUGUUCAUUACUACAUUCAGUCACACAUCCAAAUCAACGAGUAUCGUGACCGUGUCACAUUGCCUGCGGCGACAAAGAAGUAUGGGAAACAUAUUAAUAAAUGUUUGAAGGUUUUAGAUAUGAAUGGGCUGAAGCUUUCUGCGCUUAGCCAAAUAAAGUUAAUGACCAUGAUUUCUACAAUCGACGACCUGAAUUAUCCGGAGAAAACGCUGACUUAUUAUAUUGUCAAUGCUCCCUAUGUGUUUUCAGCUUGUUGGAAGGUCGUGAAGCCUCUUCUACACGAGAGAACGAGAAAGAAAGUUCAAGUCUUAUCGGGAUGUGGAAGAGACGAUCUCUUGAAGAUCAUGGACUACGAAUCGCUCCCACACUUCUGUAGAAAAGAAGGUUCUGAAUCGUCAAACCGACAUUCCCAAGCGAGUUGCUAUUCGUUUGACCACUCUUUCCACCAAACAAUGUACAGUUACAUCAAACAACAAGCUGCAUUUCGCGAUCACCCGAUCAGGCAAGGAUCUCUACACGUCACUUUACCCGAUUCAUCUGCAGAAGAUAUGGAGAUAGCGAAAACACUCGAAUCCGAGCUGCAGAAACUAAAUAAUGAAGGUAAAUAGUUUUCUAAAAUGUAGGAGAAAUUAAAACUUCAUAAUAAACAGUUUGAAGAAUUAUAAUAUGCUAAUCAAGAGUUUAUAAUUAAUUUA